AUGUCUCUACCGAAACUACAGAAAGUUGUCAUCGUCAAGGAUGCUGGGCCAAAUGCAAGCUUCUCUAUCGAAGAGAUCGAACUUCCCACAUACAGUGACGAUGAAGUUCUCGUUCGCCUAUCCUACAGCGGUAUAUGUCACACUGACGUUGCUUUCGCAUAUGGCGAAUGGAAUCAGCUAGGUUUUGGCAUGAUGGGAGGCAACUGCACACCCGGCCACGAGGGUGUUGGCCAUGUCGUUGCUAUCGGUGCCACUGUCAGCAACCUAAAGGUCGGUGACAGAGUAGGUACAAAAUGGCUACGAAGUGUCUGCGGGCACUGUCAUUACUGCAAAGAAGGAAACGACCAUCUUUGUCGUGAGAGGCAGGUUUACGGACUUGCUUGCCCAGGCUCAUUGCAGCAGUACAUUGUUUGCCAGGCAUUCACCACGCCUAAAAUUCCAGACAGCCUUUCGAUCGACAAGUCAGGGCCUCUUCUUUGUGCCGGGGUUACCAUAUUUCGUGGGAUCAAGAUGACUAAAGCUUCAUCAGGAGACUGGAUUGUUAUUUCCGGUGCUGGUGGCGGCCUGGGUCAUUUGGGAAUCCAGUUCGCAAACAAAAUGGGCAUCAAAGUCAUUGGCAUCGACUCGGGUGACAAAAAGGAGUUUUGUUUGUCCUUGGGUGCUGAUCAUUUCAUUGACUUUCGUACUUCGGCCAAUGCACCAGAUGAAGUUCACAAAAUCACAGGUGGUGGGGCAAAGGGAGUGCUUGUGCCAACCAGUAGUCGUUCAUCUUACGAACAGGCGGUUAAGAUGUUAGGACCCGCAGGAACUCUCGUCUGUAUUGGCCUUCCACCGGAUUCCUGCUAUUUGCCUCUUGAAUUGAUUGACAUAAUCACUGGCGGGUACACCAUAACAGGUGUGAAUGCAAGCAGCCUGAAAGAUAUCCAAGAUACUUUGGACUUUGCAGCACUCCAUGACAUAACGCCUAAAACCCAAUUAUUUCCGAUGGAGAGGACAGGAGAGGCUUUUGAAAUGUUGAAAGAUGGGCAGGCCAAAGGGAGAGUUGUUCUGGAUCUUCAGUAG